UGGAAGGAAGAAAUGCAAAACAGAAACAGUCUUCGACGGGAGGUUGAUAGACGGAAAUGGAGGAAACGGUGUCGUUUUUGAGGAACCGAUACUGGGUUCUUCGGCACGGCAAAAGCGUACCGAAUGAGAGAGGCCUCAUCGUUUCCUCUCUGGAAAAUGGCAUGCGUCCUGAGUUUCAAUUAGCAUCUGAGGGAGUCAGUCAAGCGCAGUCAGCUGGGGAAUUAUUCCUGAAGGAGCUGACGGAAAGCAAUAUUCCACUUGAAAAUGUCCGAAUUUGCUACUCCCCUUUUGCAAGAACGAGGCACACUGCUAAAGUUGUUGUGUCUGUUUUGGAUAUUCCAUUUGAAGGCCCUCAGUGUAAGGUGAUAGAAGAUCUUCGGGAGCGUUAUUUUGGCCCUUCAUUUGAACUCAUGUCACAUGAUAAAUAUUCAGAAAUUUGGGCUGUUGAUGAGAAAGAUCCUUUCACAAGACCAGACGGUGGAGAAAGUGUUGACGAUGUUGCUUCGAGACUAGCUGAUGCCAUGACAACUAUGGAGUCAGAAUAUGAGGGAUGCACAAUCUUGGUUGUUGGACAUGGUGAUCCACUUCAAAUCUUGCAAACCAUACUAAAUGAGGCUAAGCAACAAGCAUGGAACGGUUCCGACAACUUGGCAUCUAUAAUUCAAGCAGUCCGAGUUCCUUCUGUUUUGUCAGUGCACCGGAAGUUCGCCUUGCUUACUGGCGAACUUCGAGCAGUUAGAUGAUCAACAGCUUCAACAAUUCCUGAUCAAACCUGGGCAAAUAGUUAGUUGAAGUUCAGUCCAGAGUUUAAUGUAUUUCCAGACCCGAUUUUUGGACCAAGAUGUGGAAAUGGGUUCCCCACAAAUUUGAGAUUGGAUAAUUAUAUUGAAAUUGCUACUUAUGAAU